AUGGACAAUAUUACUAAUGGUUUUUGGACCAAAUGGGGAUUUCCUAAUUGCUCAGGUAGCAUCGAUGGUAAACAUAUGCGAAUUAACGCACCAGUGCAUUCUGGCAGCAUGUUCCGUAAUUAUAAGUGCUUUUUCUCAAUUGUAUUGCAAGCUGUUGUGGAUGCAAACUAUAGAUUUAUUGCUAUAGAUGUGGGAGCCUAUGGUAAAGAGAGUGACGGUGGAAUAUUUUCGCAUUCAAAUCUUUCACAACAAUUGGAAAAUGGUGCUCUCAACGCAAACCAAGAAAAAGUAUUACUUGGAAGUAACAUAGCUUUGCCUCACUUCUUAGUUGGUGAUGAGGCUUACCCGUUAAAAACAUAUCUAAUGCGCCCUUAUCCGCAAAAAAAUUUGGGCCCAGAAGAAGAAAUAUUUAACAAACGCUUAACAAAUGUAAGGCAAGUUGUUGAGUGUGCCUUUGGUAUUUUGAGUAGCAAGUGA